GAGCGAAACUCUGCAUCUGUGGAACAUCAUCAAAAACAAACACCUUGAUAAAGGACACUAUCAAUGAGCUAACGGUGAAAAACAGCGAUAGAUACGUUUCCUAAUGUCAUGGUAUUGUUUAACACAGCUGGUACAUGUAGCAUCAGAUCUGGGAUUUGUGUUUAUGGUCUCCUGCUCAGAUUGAUUAGAUUAACUGCAUAAGGAUGUUUCAGAAACUGUCCAGGGCUGUCACUACUGCACCAUACUCCAUUUAAAUUAGGUUUAGUUUAAGCUUUUUUGGUAAUUUAUUUAUGCGUCAGCGUCAAUACUAAUGUGAGAUUGUUAUUGUUUAACCAUGUCAGUGUGUAAUUCUGGAGGUUUUGUCAGUAUUAAAUUGCUUGUGAAAUUGAUCAUGCUGUUUUUUGUAUGUAAUAAAUGUAUGUACAAAAUAUUACUUUUUUUUUUAUGGUGUAAUGUGAGACUGAUGUUACAUGACAUAACUGCACCCCUCUUUUUGGGAGGGGCGGAGUCAGAAGGGUGGCCAGGGGUGGCACAGGCCCCCCUAGCCACUAGUUGAUAGGCAGUUGGCAUGUUAGCAUCAAGGAUGGAUUGAUAGAUAGAUAGAUAGAUAGAUAGAUAGAUAGAUAGAUAGAUAGAUAGAUAGAUAGAUAGAUAGAUAGAUAGAUAGAUAGAUAGAUAGCUGAAGCCAUGCAAACGCGUGAUACAGGUAAUCAGAGAGUUUUACUAGUGGACUGCUUGUAGUUCAGUGCCAUUCAUCCCCAGACAUCAUCUGACGAAUAGCUCCUAUGCGGUCGCGCUACGUUAAACAGAGGCCAUGCAUCGUGAUGCAUAAAAAUGUGGUGCCCCUACAUAUUUGUAUUUCCAUUGCAAGAUUAUCCAAGCGGAGGCCGGUAACAUUUACACAUAAAUAUCUAUUGACCCUGUGUUUACUUUCUUCACUGAGACAGACGAAAAUGAAAUAGGCCUAUAUUAUUAUUGUAUAAAUAUAUGUACAACACACAUUUUGCUUUCGUUUAUGUACUGUUUGGCAGGAGAGACGAGCGAGGAGUCGCAGAGAAAGGGCCAGGCAGUGAAUACAGAGGCUGAGAGCGAACAAAGAGCAGUGUCUGUAGUGUGAAUUUCCCUUGAACACUUUAAUUAAAGAUCGUCAGCAUUCAUUUUCAGAUGUUUCGUGAUCAAUUUAGCCUCUUCUGUAUUUCCAGAUUGUAGUGUGGAUCAGUCAUUGCAACAUUUAACCUGAUCUUAAAAUGCACAUAUUUAGAUCAGGGGGGGGGCAUGGCCCUGAACCCCCCUAGCAAGCUCAGUUUUUGGAACUUGGUAUUUUACUGCAUGCAUGCCCCGGGCCCUCGGGCCCUCAGACUGUUAACAUUUCUUGUUGGAAAGUCAAUCAAAAGACCACAAAGAGACACAAAAAGCAUUUGUAGUCAUUGUGUGUCUCUUUCAGUCUGGGGUCUUGCUCCUGAGUAAAAGGAGUGGGAGGGUCUUUUACAUGUCUGUGCCCAGGGGCCCAUUGUCUCCUAAUCUGUCCGUAGCUAUAGGCUAUGUGGAGUUACAAAUAGCAGCUAUUUAUUGAUAUUAUUUCAUAUUAGAAUAAAGUUUAAAGUUGUUUAUUUGGCAUUCAUUUAUUACACUGAAUAUAUAAUGUGACUAUUCAUAAUAUACAGUUUAUUAUUGCAGAGAACCAGGGCUUUCAUUUUGAGUCUUGUAAAUUAAAUGUAAAUUAAUUAAUUAUUUUAACUCUUGGCUUAACUUUUGAGAAUGUCUGCUUUCUGUGUUUGUUUGUUUUUUAAGGUGCCAUGUCGAGUUUAUUCUUCAGCACAUAAAUAAGACUUUUUAGAAUUUUAACAAUGAUUUUACAACACUUGAUUAGAAUGUGAGUACUGAAGUGUGUGUGUGUGUUCUAUAUACGGAUAUAGAAUGCUCCGGAAUCCGACAGGUUUAGUUGUGAUGUUCUGGUUCAUUAUGAUGAAUUCUGUUCUACAGUCACUUUAUUACCUCAGCAGAGACAAAGUGAACAGUUCUACACAGACCUUCACCUUAAAUACAUGUUGAAAGCGCCGGAUUGUGCUUCAAUUGAUAAAUUAUCGCUCGACAUGGAUAACAAGAUUUCAGCAGAUGAACUGGGAGAACAGAGGUGCAGCGAUUUGGAAGUGCCUCUGUUCACAACAGCGAACUUGAAACCAGUGGUCUUUUUAUAUAUAAAUCAUAUCCCAAAUGAGAAGUGGAUUUUGUUGGCAGCUGGCAAAGUCCAUGCAGACACAAUCAUUCUGCUAUCCGACAUGUGUCAUGAGAUUGUAGAUGCGAUCAGCGCCAUGGUCCUGGAAGCUGUGGGACCUCAGGUUCAAAGCAGGAUGUAUGGCCAGACUGCCCUGGAGGUUGCCAGCAACGAGUCUAUCACAACGAACAGGGUUGAAACACCGCAGACGAAGUAUAAUUAUGACAGUGUGACAGAGGAAGACAUCCAAGCCAGCCUUGGGAAUUCUCUUCACAGCUGUUUUGGUGCGGCGCUAGGAAUCGUUCAGGAGAAGUCCCACAACUCUGAAAUACUACUAGAGUUGUUCGGAGCAGAGGUGAAGAGGAGGGUGAACCACUCACUGGCUGUAAUCAGGUCAGUCUCUUCCUGGCAGUCCGAGGAGCCUGCUGAGUCGGAAACCUCCAAUGAAUCUCACACUGAUGAUAUGGUUUACUAUAUAAUCCAUAUACUGAAGUGUUUGAUCAACAAGGACGAGCAUGAGUCGCCUGAGGAUAUAGAAUGCCUGGGAAGUGAUUUCUCGGAGGGUUCCAUUCCAGACGAGGUGACGGACGUUGAGGAGUUCAGCGCAGGGGACGAUGAAAUGAUCUGCUCUGUGUCAGAGGCGCAAAGCUCAGACCUCUCAGGUUGUCAGAGCGUAGAAUGUCCCGCCAGUUCUGCAGAGGAGUUGCCACAGCGAGAGAAGACCUUUCUCACCGUGUUUCUCGGGAAGCUUCUGGAUCACAUCGCUCACUCCACCAAGACAUCGGUGGUAGACGUGGACUUUGACAAGAUGUUGGAAUGUCUGUGGGAGAGGACUGGGCGGGAAAUAAGUGCCGCUCUCUCCCAGAAUGUCGGAAACAUCCACAUCCCCAUCUAUAAAGAACUCUGUCGCGAGUUUGGAUGUGCAAAGCUGCUGCAGGCCGCCAUGCUGUCCAGUGAUGUGACUUUUGAGGAAGCCGUUGCCAGGACAUUAAAAGCACAUCUGCAGAAGUCUUCAAGAAAAGCCAGCAGCUUUGUAACCAAAGUGGGGAGAUUCUUCAGCAGAAAGACGAGGAAAGUUGCUCCGGUCUGUGAGAUUAACACCUCGGCGUCUCACAGUGAAGUCAUCAACUUGGAGAAGACCUUGGAGAAUGGAUCGACGCCACCGCCACAGAGGAAACAGAAGCGGUCCGCCAUCAUGAGGAUGUUCUCUACCGCAGCGAGGAUUCUGAGGAAGCCAUUCACCUCCUGCAUCAGCGAUGGAUCGUAGGAUUACUAGAGCAAGCAAGUCCUUUCUGUAUAGUUUUGUAUUCAUCUUGAGAAAAAAGAAAUAAAUCACUGGACAUUUUUCAAGAUGAAUACACAUUCUUAAAAAGGAUGUGUCAGAUUUGGAUUUGAUAAGGUACAGGCUACAUUCUAAAACAACCUCUGUACUGAUGUGGCUAAAAGAACACGUCCUUUUUAAGAAUGAGAGGCAGCACGGUGGCUCAGUGUGGCCCCACAGGAAGAAGGCCGAGGGUUCAGUUUGUGGCCUCGGCCCUUUCUGUGUGGAGUUUGCAUGUUCUCCCCGUGCUGAUGUGGGUUUUCCCCGGGUGCUCCGGUUUCCUCCCACGUUCCAAAGACAUGCAGCUCAAUCGGAAACUCUAAAUCAGUGUUUUUCAACCACUGUGCCGCGUACUGUGUACGCUUGGAAAAUUAUUCAAUUUCACCUAAUUGGUCUAAAAAACAUUUUUUGAAAACUAAUGAAUUAUUGUCUGCAAAUAAUAUGCCAUUGUCGAGUGCCUGUGCUAUCUAGUGACCGGCAGAGCAACCAUGUCAUACUCUUCCAUAUCAGUAAGUGGCAGCAGGUAGCCAACUUUUUAUUUGAAAGAAGAAAUAUGAAAGAUCAUAAAAUACUUUUUUCUUUGUGCUUAUUUGAUUCAUAUUCAAGACACUUUGAUAAGAAUGACUAUAUAUUGUCAAUAUAGGCUACAGAGUUUCAUUUUUUAACAUUUUCAGUUGGUGGUGUGCCUUGUGAUUUUUUUUCCCCAAUGAAAAAAUGUACCUUGGCUCAAAAAAGGUUGAAAAACACUGCUCUAAAUCACCAACACAUCUGCAUUUGAUUCUUGAUAUGGACUUCAAUAAAACUAGCUAACUAUGAAAACUCUUUUGUCAUCAUUUAUUAUCAGAGGUAUAACAGUCAGAGUACUUUCCCUAGAACAUUGGUCAAAUUGAAGGUGAAGGAGUCAGCCUGUUUGCGAUAAAUGUAAUCAACCACUAGAUGGUGACAAAUAACCAUCAGUUUCUGCACAACACACACAGGCUGGAUAUUUCGACAGAAAGGAACAUUGCACCCAAAAGGUGGAGCAGCUUUGACUCGUUGUGCAAAUCUCCUGUUGCAGCAAUUCAGUGUUCUCAGUUUUGGACUCUCAGAUGACGAAGAUGCUGUAUACACAAACUGCAAAAUAAAAAUGUCAAAUGAGGCAGUAUAUUGUGUAAAAAUGUGUCUCCAUGCAUUCAAUUAGUUUGAGGCUCAAAAUCCAUAUAAAUCAAAUGUUCCUUGCUGCAUCCAACAGUCAACUCAAACCAGUGAAGUACAACUCUCCCCUGAAGAGAACAUCAAGUGGUCAUUUUUCCCCCCAAAUAUCAAUGGGCGAGAGUAUACUGAUACAUUCUUUUUGCAUACAAUUGCAUAAAAUGAGACACCACUUUGAUAUUUUGAAUUCAAUUUUUUUUAAAGUUAAUACUGGAAGAGACUUCUGGGUCAAUAGUCUCCAUACUGGCGAAUAUUGAAGAUAUUGGCAGCGGUGCCCAUCGCAAUGUUAGGAAGAGACAAAAUGGCCGACAAGACGUGUUCAACACAAAAGGGAUGACAGUUUAGAUCAGACAUUUGGUAGAUUAAAAAAUCAGCCCAUCCCAUUUGAAUACCAAA